AAAAUAAACAUUUAUCAGCUGAUAAUCAGCUGAUAAUCAGCUCGUUUGACGUUCAGCUGCGGUCGUCAUGGCUGCGACAGACGUCAGCGUUCAGGAGAUGAGCGACGUCGUCAUCGUCACCAUCCCAGAAGACGCGGGCGACGAGCUCCCCGGCGUGGUGGCGGAGGAUAAGGCGGUGCUGGUGACCGCCGAGCUGACGCCUGAGGCCGGGGAGGACAUCCUCGCCGUCGCUCAGGUGGAAACAGAAAGUGACGCCAGCGGAGCCGACUCUCUGUCCAAGGAAGAGGCGCUGAUCGUGAAGCUGUCGGAGGAGGUGGACGUGGAGGCCGACAUGUACUACCCCAUCACCUGCGGGGACGCCAAGGCCACGCUGGUGUGGAAGAAGUUCGUCUGUCCCGGGAUCAACGUCAAAUGUGUCCAGUUCAACGAUCAUCUCAUCAGCCCCAAAGAGUUCGUGUGCUUAGCAGGAAAGUCCACCUUAAAGGACUGGAAGAGAGCGAUCCGCCUCAACGGCACCAUGCUCAGGAAGAUCAUGGACUCGGGUGAACUGGACUUCUACCAGCACUCCAAGGUCUGCUCCAACACCUGCCGCAGCACCAAGAUCGACCUGGUGGGAACCAAAGCGUCCGCCGCGGUCGACGCGUCCGCCGCCGACCUGCUCGCUGCCUCCACCUCGUCAGCUGACUUGAACGGAGCGGCCGCUUCGUUUCCAGAUGCGACAGAGGAACCGUCAGAGUGGGUCACCGCCAUCGGAGAGGACUCUGUGACAUUCUGGCGCUCCAUAAAGGAGGCGGGGCUUCUGGAGGAGGUGGUGGAGGACUUCCAGAAGGAGCUGCAGGAGGUUCUGAAGGGGUUGCAGGAGAGAGUGUGCGACCCGCCACUGCAGGUCAAAGAUGCGGUUCUGCUCAACAACAUUGUGCAGAACUUCGGGAUGCUGGACCUGGUGAAGAAGGUUCUGGCCAGUCACAAGAGCCAGAUGGACCGGUACCGAGAGCAGUACUCUCGUAGCCUUGCCGCUCUGGAGCAGCAGUGUGAUGAACACCGGAAACGGGCCAAAGAGCUGAAGAGUAAAUCUCAGCACCUGAACAACGUCCUGAUGACCCUCACCCCGGUGACCCCACCCCCACCGCCCAAACGCCCCCGGCUGACCCGUGCCGUCUCCGGCCCGGCCGCGGUCGGCGCCGCGCCCACCCAGAUCACGCUGCCCCUCAACCAGCUGGGCGGCCUGCCGUUAGGAAAGGUGCUGACGGUGGCGGGGGCGCAGGCGGGCGGGUACACCAUCCUCACCUCGCCGCUGUCCGGCGCCGAGCUAGCAGCCGACGGCUCCAACGUGACUCUGCUGGAGGGCGUGGAGCCGGCGGGGGGGUCCGGCGGCUCCGGGGCCUUCGUUAAGGUGGUCGGACCUCAGUUCCAGCUGGUGACGCUGCCGCUGGCCACCACACAAAGCCCCGCCCUGCAGCAGCAGGUCAGCACCGUCACCGUGGUGGACGCCAUGGCAACCGGAGCGGAGGAGUCCCAGGAGGCGGGGCAGACUGACGGAGAUGAUGGAGGUCAGCCAGGGCAGGGAGCAGAGGAGGAGGAGGAGGAGCAGUGAGAGGAAGGACAGCUGUGCCGGCUUCACUCUGGACUCAAACGUGAAGCUUGAUUACCUCUGACCUCUGACCCCUCCCUGCUUCAUGAAGGUCUCUCAGUUUUCAGAGGGAACUUUUAACGAGCUUCUGUUCUGCGAGUUCUUUGGACCGGACCUCCUGUUCUCUUCUGAGG